AUGGAAGGCAUUGUAGCUUUUGUGGCGUUAUAUAUUUGGGAUAACAAGAAAGAGGAAGAACAACUUACCCAAAUUUCUAGAAAUGAAACACUAUCAAGGUUACCUCUACGCCUUUCAACUAAUCGGGUGGUUGAACUUGUGCAGUUAAGAGACACCGCAAGACCCGUUAUAUUAGCGGGGAAGAAAGAGACGGUCUCUUUAGCCAUCCAAAAAGCGGAGAGGUUUCGGAUGGAGCUUCUUAAUCGGGGUGUUAUUUUAGUACCUGUCAUUUUUGGUGAAAAGGAGUCACAGAUUGAGAAAAGAGGCUUUGGUGGUCCCAAAAAAGCAGCUGCAUCUCUUCCUUCUGUUGGGGAAGAUUUUGAGACACGAGCUCAGUCUAUAACUGCAAAAACGAAAUUGAAGUCCGAGAUCCGAUUCAAAGCCGAGGUUGUAUCACCCGGGGAGUGGGAAAGGUGGAUAAAGGAGCAACAGGAAUCGGAAGGGGUUCCUCCCGGUGAAGAUGUAUAUAUUAUACUACGGUUAGAUGGGCGUGUUCGAAGAUCAGGAAGGGGCUUGCCUGAUUGGAAUCAGAUCUUGAAGGAGCUCCCACCAAUGGAAGAUUUGCUAAGCAAGCUAGAAAGAUAACACAAAAAUAGUUAUUUACACCAAAAUCCGGGGGGUCUUUAGCAUUGUGUUCUUCUAUAAAGCUGGUCCUUCGGAUUCCUGUUUCUACCCUAAUAAAUUUGACACACGUGUACAUCGAUAACUUCUGUGAAUCUUGAGUUUCAAAGUGAUACCUUUAUGUUCAUCAUUCCUUGUGAAGUAAAUGAUUCUUGUAAAAAUGUAAUUGCAAAACAUUACUCUAUGUUAUACAAAAGUUUCGUUUGACCAGAUUUGGUCAUUUUGUA